AUGUCUUCUUCAUCCGGAAACACUUUUUAUGAUCUGAAAGCAGAGUUGCCUAGUGGGAAAACGUAUGACUUUGAACAACUUAAAGGGAAGGUCGUGUUGAUUGUCAAUGUUGCAUCGAAGUGUGGUUUCACCCCACAAUAUAAAGGUCUCCAGGCUUUGCACGACAAGUACAAGGAACGUGAUUUCAUCAUUCUCGGUUUCCCGUGCAACCAAUUUGGAGGCCAAGAGCCAGGUGACGAUGCCGCCAUUGCAUCUUUCUGUGAGCUCAAUCACGGAGUGAGCUUCCCUCUUAUGAAGAAAUCUGACGUGAACGGCGACAACACGAGCCCCGUUUACCAAUGGCUUAAGAACGAGAAGCCGGGCCUUAUGGGCCUCACCAGGAUCAAGUGGAACUUCGAGAAGUUCUUGAUUGAUAAGAACGGGAAAGUUGUGAACCGUUGGGCAUCAACCACUACCCCUCAGGCAAUUGAUGCUACAGUGGAGAACCUUCUUGCUCAGUGA